CAGGUCUGCAAGCCCAUCGCCCGCCUCUGCCCUCCAGCCGUGCUGCAUCAAAGGACGCUUGGCGAGGAUGAAUCUGAAGAAGGCCCUGUUUGCAGCCGUGCUGCUGCUGUCGGUUCUGUCGAUUGCCGUUGCGUUCGACUCCGAGGACUACAAGCUGUUUGAUCUGAACGAUCGCCUUGUUGCGCUCAAGGGCAAGACUGCUACAUUCUACAAUGUCCUUCAGAUUAAGCCCGAUGCCAAGCCCUCCGAGAUCGGCAAGGCCUAUCGCAAGAUCUCGCUCGGGAUCCACCCGGACAAGAACCCUUCGGAAGAGGAUCGGAAGCUCUAUGAGCUCCUGACGUCGAUCGCGAGCACCCUCAAGGACUCGGAGGAGCGCGAGCGCUAUGACCGCUAUCUCCAGAAGGGCUUCCCGACCUGGAGAGGCACCGGAUACUACUACAACCACUGGAAGCCCGGAUUCGUCACGCUCUCGCUCCUUGCCAUCUCGGGCAUCUCGAUUGUCCAGUACAUCACCAAGGUCUACUACUACUACCAGGAGGUCUCGUUCCGGAAGCAGGAGCUGCAGCGCCUCGAGGGUCUGUCGUACACACAGAUGAAGAAGCAUCUCUCCAAGAUGGGCACCGACACCAAGGGUCUCAACAAGAAGGACUUUAAGAAAGGCCUCUCGGCCGUCCAGGCGGCCCAAGCCUCGACCCAGAGCGGCGCCACCUUUGACCACAUCACCAAGGUCGACUUUCCCUCCAUCCGCGAUACCGCCUUGGUGCAGCUGCCGCUCUAUGUCUUGGCCAAGGUUGGAGUCAAGCUUGGCGGCGACGAGUCUGCUGCGGGCUCGGUCGCUGGUGCAGCCACUACGGCCACCGACAGCCCGGCAGACAUGGCUGAUAACAAGGGCAAGGCCGAUGAGUUUAUCGAGGCGAGACGACGACGCAACAAGAGUUCGGCUCCUGCCGACGAGCCCAGCUCGCUGUAAGCUGCGGCCACGGAGCGAAUCACCCCCAUGACAUUACAAUUUACUCAGAAAACAACGGGACAGCAUACCGGCUUCCAUGAACAUGUAGCAUGUGAUGGCUUGCGUCAAGCUAAGCCAUAUGCAAUAAAACAGAUCACCUCCGAGUGAAGAACACCGGCCGCUCUCUGGUCUCCAC